AUGGCAACUGAGGAGAUUCAUAGGCCUCCAUCCCUCCCUCCUUAUCCUGAGAUGAUUUUGUCAGCCAUUACAGCAUUGAAUGAGGCAGGUGGCUCUAACAAGACAUCAAUAUCGAAAUACAUUGAAUCAAAAUAUGGGGACUUGCCGGCUGGCCACACUGCACUCCUUGCACACCAUCUCAAUCGAAUGAAGGAUAUGGGAGAGAUAAUAUUCUGGAAAAACAACUACAUGAAACCAGAUCCCAAUGCUCCUCCAAGGCGUGGUCGGGGUAGGCCCCCUAAGCCCAAGGACCCAUUACCAACAGGCGCAGAUCUGGCCCCUGCCAGACCGAGGGGUCGUCCGCCAAAGGAUCCAAAUGCACCUCCGAAGCCAGUGAAGCCAAAGGCAGCAACUGGGGGAAGUGGAAAACCGAGAGGGAGGCCACGCAAAAUGGCUCGGCCCACAGGAGGAAUGACCGGAGCUGCAACAACAACCUCAGCAGUGCCAAUGACAGCAGGUAGUGGAAGGCCAAGGGGUCGGCCUCCAAAGGUGAAGGCUGCUGCUAUGACUGAAGUGAGUGUUCAGAAUUAG